AUUCUUAAUCUUAAAUACUUAAUUAAAUAUUAUAAAGAAUAUUAUAAUAGCAAAUACUCUAUAUAGAGUAUUUGAUAAUAGUUAAUAUAUUCUUAUAUAAGUAACAGUGCAUUUAUUCUUAUGUGUUUGUAUUAACUAACAUGACAGGAUUUUAUUACUUCGUAAUUGUCGGACAUGGUGACAAUCCUAUAUUUGAAAUGGAGUUCAUGUCUAGCAAAGAAGUAAAAAAAGAAGAUCAUAGCCAUUUAAACCAAUUUAUAGCCCACGCUGCAUUAGAUCUGGUUGAUGAAUUAAUGUGGAAGUCUACAUCUAUGUAUUUAAAAACGGUUGAUCGCUUCAAUCAUUGGACAGUAUCAGCUUUUGUUACAGCUAGUCGAAUGAGAUUUAUUAUUGUACAUGACUCUAAAAACGAUGAGGGCAUAAAAAAUUUUUUCACCGAAGUAUAUGAAAUGUUUAUAAAGUAUGUGAUGAACCCAUUCUAUAAGCUAAACAUGCCAAUCAAAUGUGGAUCGUUUGAUAAAAAAGUACAAUUCUAUGGUCGUAAAUAUUUAGUCAACUAGUAUUUUAUAAAUUUAUAAUAGAUAUAUUUAUAAUUGUGAUCUUUAUUUUUUCAUGUCAAAAUAUAAACUAAUUUAUUCUUUA